GGGUCUCCGUGGAAACGGUUAGUGACUCCCCCCCCAGGGAUGGUCCGUGCUGAGGUUCUAAUCGUGGGACACUUCCGGUGAACAGAUGUUCUCCAGCAGCAGAAUGAUGUUCGGACCAAUGGACGACGUGCACGAGCUCGCCUUCAUCGAGAGGCCGAUCCGCAGGAGCCUCAAGACGGCGGAGGAGAUCGAUCAGCUGACUGUUGAUGAAGACCUGAACGACAUCGAGAGAGCCGUGUACCUGCUCAGCGUGGGUCAGGAGGUGCAAGAGCCAGCGUCAUCAGUAACCUGCCGAUCCUCGUCCGGCAGAAUCCGGCUGAGACGUUUCGCCGAGUCGUCCCAAAGGUCCGGGAGGUCCUGAGCGGAGCCGGAUCAGAUGUCCAGCUGGCGGCGGCCGCGUCCUUCCUAACCAUCCUGCAGGAUGACAUCAUCCUGAUCCACACGCACACCUUCAGCAUCCUGAAGACCGUCCUGCUGCACCUGCACCACCCAGACACAGGUAACAUAC